AUGGUGUGUGAUGUGGUGAGUCGCAUGGAAGAUACGGAACCUUUCUCUCCUGAACUGCUCUCGGCUAUGAUGAGACUUUGGGCAGAUUCUGGAAUCCAGGAGUGCUUCAACCGAUCCAGAGAAUAUCAGCUUAACGACUCUGCUAAAUACUACCUAGACAGCUUAGAUCGGAUCGGAGCAGCAGAUUACCAACCUACAGAACAGGAUAUCCUGCGAACCAGAGUGAAGACCACUGGCAUUGUAGAAACUCAUUUCACCUUCAAGAACCUCCAUUUCAGGCUGUUUGAUGUCGGGGGACAACGGUCAGAGCGGAAGAAGUGGAUUCACUGUUUUGAAGAUGUGACAGCUAUCAUUUUCUGUGUUGCUCUGAGUGGGUACGAUCAAGUUCUUCAUGAAGAUGAGACUACGAACCGAAUGCACGAGUCUCUAAUGCUCUUCGACUCCAUUUGUAACAACAAGUUCUUCAUUGACACAUCAAUCAUUCUCUUCCUCAACAAGAAGGACCUGUUUGCUGAGAAGAUCAAGAAGUCUCCACUGACAAUCUGCUUCCCAGAGUACACAGGUCCCAACACUUAUGAUGAUGCUGCCGCUUACAUUCAAGCACAAUUUGAGAGCAAAAACCGCUCACCUAACAAAGAGAUCUACUGCCACAUGACCUGCGCCACAGAUACGAAUAACAUCCAGGUGGUAUUUGACGCCGUCACCGACAUCAUCAUUGCCAACAACCUCAGAGGCUGCGGCUUGUACUGA